AGGUUUUACUUAGACCCCUCCUCUUCUUCUGAGAGAUUUAUUGAGGCCCUCUGCCACAUGCUAAUGUCACUUCAGCCUCUCAAAGUCUGAGCAGUCAGGGGGUCCACGCAUCUUCAGGAUAAUGGCACCAGCAAAAAAGGGAAUCUUGGAGCGUCUUAACGCUGGAGAGAUUGUGAUUGGCGAUGGCGGCUUUGUGUUUGCCCUGGAGAAGAGAGGUUACGUGAAGGCCGGUCCCUGGACCCCUGAAGCUGCUGCAGAGUACCCUGAAGCAGUGCGACAGCUGCACAGGGAGUUCCUGAGGGCCGGAUCCAAUGUUAUGCAGACCUUCACCUUCUACGCCAGUGAUGACAAACUGGAGAACAGGGGCAACAAGCUCACCUUCACUGGCGCUCAGAUCAACGAGGCCGCCUGCAAUUUGGCCAGAGAGGUUGCCAAUGAGGGCGACGCUCUGGUCGCCGGAGGAGUGUGCCAGACUCCAUCCUACCUCAGCUGCAAAAGCGAGACAGAGGUGAAGGCCAUCUUCAAGAAACAGCUGGAUGUGUUCAUCAAGAAAAACGUGGACUUCCUGAUUGCUGAGUACUUUGAGCAUGUGGAGGAGGCCGUGUGGGCCGUGCAGGUGCUGAAGGAGACAGGGAAGCCGGUGGCCGCUUGUAUGUGUAUUGGACCAGAGGGAGACAUGCACGGUAUCUCACCAGCAGAGUGUGCUGUUAGACUGGUCAAAGCAGGUGCCCAGAUUGUGGGAAUCAACUGCCACUUUGACCCCAUGACCUGCGUGAAGGCUGUGAAGAUGAUGAAGGAGGGAGUGGAGAAGGCUGGGCUGAAGGCUCACUACAUGGUGCAGCCCCUGGCUUACCACACUCCUGACUGCAGCUGCCAGGGAUUCAUUGAUCUGCCAGAGUUCCCCUUUGGUCUGGAGCCCAGGAUUCUGACCCGAUGGGACAUGCACCAAUACGCCAGGGAGGCCUACAACGCCGGGAUCCGAUUCAUCGGUGGCUGCUGUGGGUUUGAGCCUUAUCACAUCAGGGCCGUGGCAGAGGAGCUUGCACCUGAGAGGGGCUUCCUUCCACCUGCAUCAGAGAAGCAUGGCAACUGGGGUGCUGGUCUGGAGAUGCACACCAAGCCAUGGGUCAGAGCAAGAGCCCGCCGUGACUACUGGGAGAACCUGAAGCCAGCCUCUGGUCGUCCGCUGUGUCCCUCCAUGUCCUCCCCCGAUGGCUGGGGUGUUACCAAGGGCCACGCUGAGCUCAUGCAGCAGAAAGAGGCCACUUCUCGGGACCAACUCAAACAGCUGUUCGACAGGUCAAAGACCCACUAAGACAGCUUGUCUCUGGUAGCAGACAUGAGUCAAGCAGCCUUGCCGUGGAGCUACUGACGCACAGUGGUGUGAACUAUCUGUAUGCAGUGCUGCACUGAAAAAAAGAAGAAAAAAAAAACAUAAAGAGGCAAACACUCACUUGAGACAGGCACUGUUUUAUGCUUCUGUUGGUUGUAAAACUGAGGCAACGGUGUCUCAAGUUAGGAGAUGGCCUGUGUUAACAUCGGGACCUUUUUGUUUUCCAUGACCCUGGACCAGUUUGUUUAAUAAAAUAAAAGCGAAUUAAACAUGAA